UGUCACAUUGGCAUCGUCUGGAUCAACACCCCGAGCCAGCUGGUGCCUUACGGGUUCGGAUCGGUGCGAGUGAGGAGGGAGUUGAGCCGCUGCCGCUGCACGGAUUCAGAGGAUGCUGAGUGCAUGAAGUUCUGCAGCGUCCAGGAGAAACCAAAAGCUGAGAACGCUCCUGUGAAGAGGAAGAAGGACAAACAGCUGAGAGGAUACAAGACUGCAUUCUGGGAAAAGAGGAGCAGACCUCCACUCAGACAGACCUGAGGAAGAGGAGGCCAACCAGUGACACCAGCCCCUCUGGAUGAAAGUCCUUGAUUUAUGAAUGAGAACAAAUGGACUCGGCAUGGACAUGUACAGUGUGUGUUUGUGUAAAUGUAACAACAGUGAAGCGUUAGGACAGGAGUGCUGAUCACUUACAAGCUCAUCUUUCUAACAUUUAGCUGGCAUCCUGCCCUGCUCAGAUUCUUUAGAGCUGAGGGAGUUGACUUUUCUGUUACCUGAUGAUUACAGCUUAUUUAUAGCACAGAAAGAUGGAGCACAUCUCCAUCCAGGCUGGACCAGAAACCGCUCCAGACCGGCCAGUGUGUGUAAACCUCACAUCUCUGAAAUCGUCCAAAGUUUAGAGUUUUUCCAAAUGAGUUUCAAAUAUG